CGCUCCCGCAGUUUCUCCAAGGCGGUGCCAAAGCGUUCGCCGGGGCCCUUUUUUCGGCGCUGGAACCACAGCCCAUCUUCGGGACCCCAUCACGGCCGCGAACCCAGCCAAUUCGACCGCCAUGAGGCCAAACGCUUCGUCGGCGCUCCUCGGCGCCUUCCAGGCGCUAAGGAUAAUGCCCGCGACACCACUCCGCGCCUCGCUCCCUUCGGCGACCGUCCUCCGUCCCUCGGCCGCGACCACAUCCGCGGCUACCUCGCAGCAUGUCAGGCUAUUCUCGGCGACAGCGAUCCGGGCGGGAACAUGGUUGGAGCCCAGUCUUAGCCGCAAGAAGAAGAUGAUGAAGGGCCGGCCCCGAGUGCCGACGGGAGGAUCGACAAAGGGGACGACAGUGGUUUGGGGCGACUACGGGUUGCGCAUGUGCGACCACCACCGCAGGAUCAGCGCUGCCCAGCUCAAGGUGGCUGAGGACACCAUUAAGCAGCGGCUACGUGGCGAGAAAUACCGGCUGUACAAGAGGGUUGCCUGCAACGUCGGUGUCUUUGUGAGCGGCAACGAGAUGAGAAUGGGUAAGGGCAAGGGCUCUUUCGACCAUUGGGCGGCCAGAGUGGCGGUCAACCAGAUUCUCUUUGAGAUCCGGGGACUCGUGCACGAGCAGGUCAUUCGGGACGCCUUCCGGCUUGCGGGUAACAAGCUGCCAGGGCAAUACGAAUUCGUCAAGAGGGGCGACCCUCCGGUUGUUGGAAUCACAAAACUGGAUGGCAUCACCUUGGAAGACCUGAAGAAGCCGUGGAAGAAGCUGCCAGGACCCACGACGCCCUCGCCAUCUACGAGUUCUUCCAGCUCGGCACCUCCUCCGUCAUAGGGCCUAGGCCAUGCCCUUGUCCCUGAUGUAUAAUAUGUAGACCAAUGCAAUAGUCUGUAUGCGUGUCGAAUUCAAGCGCACACUUCGAGCGGACGAUGACCAUCAAAACGUGGUGUGAGCUACAUUGGCUUUGAUCCAUGCGUGAAUCCUCGCAAUUAAGGUUAUUCAUGUCGCCAAUCUAAUGUU